AUACUUAAGCCUACAUCAAUCCAUCAGUGCAACCAUGGACCUUGCAACUAACGUUUUCGAAUCCAUUGUAAGCUUUGAUAUCUGCACAUCACCCCACAUCACAUGUGAGUAAAUGUCAACUGCAUGAUUCUAGUGUUGAUAGCGAGAUACAAAUAGAGAAAUGACAAUGAGUAAUCACGGCAGUCGUUGAUGAUCUACUUCUCGCCGAAGUCUUUCCAGCAAUUUUCUCGAAUUUAUGGACCAAUUAACGGCUCGCGAUCUAGGUCAAGAUGGUGUAUGAUGUGUGUGUAGUUGGAGCUGGUAUGGUGGGGUCAGCUGCUGCCAAAUGGCUUUGUAAACUGCAACAGGACACUAAAAUCUGUCUAAUUGGGCCCCUGGAGCCAACCGAAAAGGAAUGGGAAGAUGGGAGGCGGGAAGUUUUUGCAUCUCAUUAUGACGAGGGUAGGGUGACGAGGGAGCUUGAUGCUGAUUAUACAUGGGGGCUGCUAGGAAAAAGAUCUAUCCAAAGAUACAAAGAAAUUGAACAAGAAAGUGGAAUCAAUUUUUACCAUGAGGUUGGAUGUGCUUUCAUCGACACCAAGGGAAAUCAAAAUAUGCAAAAUUUCAAGGAAACUGCUCGAAAACUAGCAAUUCAGCACGAGAUCUUCAACUGUGAGACUUUCCAAGAAAAAUUCCCAUAUCUUCGGGUGAACCAUGAUAGCGAAUGCAUUUGGACGGCUAAGAGGGCUGGCCACAUCAGCCCUCGGAAACUCGUCGCCGCUCAACAGAAGAUUGCAUCAUCGCUCGGCUGUGACGUGAUACAUGAAGUGGUGACCACCGUUAGUGAAGUGACGUCACAAGAUGGAGACACAGUGAUGCGCGUGUUGUCCGAGAGCGGGAGGGUGAUUUUUGCCAGACGUGUGCUCCUUUGCACAGGGGCGUUUACCAAUUUCCAUAGUAUUCUUCCUAAGGAUAGGAAGCUUGAUUUCAAUAUGUGCAAGACUUUUGUAGUAAAGGCUGAGUUAUCGGAACAAGAUGCAAUGAAGAUGUCGGCCAUGCCAAGUAUGCUUCUGGAUAACAAGAACUGUUACGUGCUGCCUCCGAUCAAAUAUCCCGAUGGAAAAUACUACUUGAAGCUUGGAUUGUGGUUCAGUUUGGAUAAUCAGUUCGAUGAUAUCCAAGGAGCGGCAGAAUGGUUCCGAAGUCAUGGGAGAAACUAUGAUACCUCAAAGACAUUAGAUGUGCUACGAGAACUGGUACCAGAUAUUCGACCACUAGGUCUGACGACAAAUUCCUGUAUUGCCUCCAUCACCCCUACUGGUCAGCUCUUCUGCGACAUGAUAAACCCUCGUCUUGGUGUUCUCAUUGGUAUGAACGGGCUAGGGGCAAAGUGUAGCAACGAAAUCGGACGAAUGGGUGCAAGCAUGAUCUCAAAAGGAACCUGGAAUUAUGACUUAAAUCCGGAUCUGUUCAAAGUUCAAUAUAAGAAGAACGUACUCCAGGGAAAGCUUUAGAAGAUGGAGGUUUGAGUCAGGAUUUUAUGUGAAUUUGAUUUAUCCACCUAUGUUGCAUUAACUGUCCAGAGUCCAAAACCUUUGACUGGGCAAAUAUAGUCGAUCAACGUCAGCUUGGGAAAGGGUAUGUUUGAUUUUGCCUCUGAUCCCAACCUGCUUGCGCGGUUGCGAUGAUGUUUGGGAUGGCCUUUUUUGUUUGUUUCGACGACCAUGAGGAGCCUUUGACCAGACCAAAAUGAUAUGAAAAUCUUGAUGAUUCGAGUAGUUGUUGGUGUGUUAAAAUAUGGAGCCAAUAAAUAGAUAGAAAAGGGGGCAUCGUUAUCGGUUAAUUCGUACCAUGGGUUUCGGUAUCAGUUAUAUUUAACACGGUGGUGGGAGAGUGGGGUGAUUUCAAUUUUGCAUAUCGUUUUGGCGUUCUACAAAAUAAAUUAAUUCUAUAAUUUCACAUAAGUUAAUUACUGCAUCACCAAAGAUUCUAUUUAAAAAAAUCGUAGAUGUGACUGGAACCACUUUGAUGUGCAAGUGACACCGAGGAGUACCACCCCAUUGUCUGACGAUGAUUUUCUAAAUAUUUCCAUAUUACUGUAUAAGCCUAUAUGGAUUAUAAGCACAACGAUUGACAGACUCUCCCAUAGCUCACUCUUUUACAUGCAACUCUGAAGUAAAAGUAAUAUGAAUGUAUAGGUUGUAAAUUACACCAUAGCGUAUUUUAAUUAUUAAAAUACUUGAUCUACCAUUUGAAAAUUUAUAGGAUGAAGCUCGAGACCCAUUCGGCUUCAGAAAAACAAAAUACCCCCCCCCC